AUUCUGUAUCAGGGUGGACAGAUGUUUGAUGGUGCCCCCCGGUUCCACGGUCGGGUAGGAUUUACAGGCACCAUGCCAGCCACCAACGUCUCCAUCUUCAUUAAUAACACUCAGCUCUCAGACACAGGCACCUACCAGUGUUUGGUCAACAACCUUCCAGACAGAGGGGGCAGGAACAUUGGGGUCACUGGUCUCACAGUUUUGGUUCCCCCUUCUGCCCCACACUGCCAGAUCCAAGGAUCCCAGGACAUCGGCAGCGAUGUCAUCUUGCUCUGUAGCUCAGAUGAAGGCAUUCCUCGACCAACUUACCUUUGGGAGAAGUUAGACAAUACCCUCAAACUACCUCCAACAGCCACUCAGGAUCAGGUCCAGGGAACAGUCACCAUCCGGAACAUCAGCACACUCUCUUCAGGUCUGUACCAGUGCGUGGCUUCUAACGCCAUCGGAACCAGCACUUGUCUUUUGGAUCUCCAGGUGAUUUCACCCCAGCCCAGGAACAUUGGACUAAUAGCUGGAGCCAUUGGCACUGGGGCAGUUAUUAUCAUUUUUUGCAUUGCACUAAUUUUAGGGGCAUUCUUUUACUGGAGAAGCAAAAAUAAAGAGGAGGAGGAAGAAGAAAUUCCUAAUGAAAUAAGAGAGGAUGAUCUUCCACCUAAAUGUUCUUCUUCUGCCAAAGCAUUUCACACUGAGAUCUCCUCCUCAGAGAACAACACGUUGACCUCUUCAAAUACAUACAACAGUCGAUACUGGAGCAACAAUCCAAAAGUCCACAGAAACACGGAGUCAUUCAACCACUUCAGUGACUUGCGCCAGUCUUUCUCCCUCCACUCAGGCAAUGCCAAUAUCCCAUCCAUCUAUGCUAAUGGGACCCAUCUGGUCCCAGCUCCACAGAAGACUCUGGUAGUGACAGCCAACAGAGGCUCACCACCACAGGUCAUGUCCAGGAGCAAUGGCUCAGUCAGCAGGAAGCCUCGGCCUCAGCACACACACUCCUACACGGUCAGCCAAGCAACCCUGGAGCGAAUUGGCGCUGUCCCUGUCAUGGUGCCAGCCCAGAGUCGGGCCGGGUCCCUGGUAUAGGACGUGAGCAGGAUAGAGUGUUCAGAAAAGAAUCAAUGGACUGCCCCAUACAAGGGGGAGGGUGGGGUGGGCGUGUGCUGGGAAAGAAACACUUUCCUUGUGAUGAUACUAGUAAAAAGCACAAAGAAGCAGGCAAUGCUGUUACCUGGCCACUAAGAGUUGUGAAAUGAACUGGAAUGUUCCACUGUGAAGACUUGUUUCCCCACCACAGAUGUCACUGGAUUCUGUUCAAAAAGCUGGAUCUCCAAGAUGUGCCAAGCCGAGGAAAAAGAUGCAAGAGCAGAAUAGCACUUAAAGCUGAGACUGCAGUCCGGGUGGGCUUGUUCUUUAAUUCAUGCCUAACUUAAUAAUUUUUCAAGAGACUAAAGUGCCAGACAGAGUUUAAA